CUUCGCUGCUCCUCAAGUCUGAAGACGAUUUCAACUCUUGCUUUUCGUAUAAUUUUAGUCCUGCAGAGUAUUGUAUCGCGUGAGUGUGCCAUGGACUAUGACAAUAUUGUCCGUGAUCUAGGGAGGGUGAUGGACGUGUUAAGGGAGGAAAUCGACACGGUUGAGGGUGCCCUUGAGGCCGUUGCUGGACAGAUAGCGACGUGCACAGACAGGGACAGCUUAGCGGACUUGCGCGAUGAGGAAGAGCAGCUGCGCGAUGAGGAGAAGCAGUUACACGAAGCGAAGAAGGUGCUCUAUAAGCUCAUGCACCGCCACACUGUGGCAACUACUGUCCCGCCACCGACAGCCCCGCACAGUCAGCUGUUGGACUCAAACAUGGCCAUCCCGUGGCUCGACUCCCCGAUGCACAGAGAGCUGGUUGUGCUCGGCGAGCUCUGCAUGAAGGAGGACUUCGACAGCUUCAAGGACCUGCACAGCCUCCUGGAAGCCAUGGCAUCUGCGCUGGCGCUUACACCGGACGGGCUGCUGAAGGCGGACUGGUUCAUGCAGGU